AUGGCCAACCGGCUCUCGGAAGAUGACAUUAGGGAAUUCAAAGAUGCCUUCGCGCUCUUCGACCAAGAUGGCGACGGGCUGAUCACCCCCAAGGAGGUGGUGACCGUCAUGAGAUCCCUCGGGAAAAACCCCACGGAAUCUGAGGUACGAAGCAUCAUCGGUGAGAUCGAGGCCUACAAGGGCAAGGUGGACUUUCCAAGGUUCCUCUCCCUGAUGGGCAGGAGGACAAGGAAUUCCGACACCCAGGAGGAGAUCCGAGCAGCCUUCCGUGUGUUUGACAGAGAUGGAGACGGCUACGUCAACACGGCAGAGCUGAGACACGUCUUGACCGUCGUUGGCGAGAAGCUGACCGACGAAGAGGUGAAGCUGUUGAUCAAGGAGAUGGACCGAAAAGGGGACGGGAAGGUCAACUAUGAAGAAUUUGCACGGAUAAUGGUGGAGAAGUAG